GGCGACCCGGGCAGUCGCUGUUUUCAUCCGAACACCUACCAAUAUGCUGGCACAUCUCAGAAAUCUUUCGAGGCUGGCAUUGCCCCGUCGACUGGUCACCCAGUCCGCCAGCUACUCAUCGACCUCCUCGUUCCUGAUCGACCAGCCGGAAUACAGUUUCCUGAAGGAAUUGGGCCUAGAACGCGACAAUCCAGGAGUUUAUUCCGGUCAAUGGCAGGGUAAUGGGUCGUCCAUCACCAGCUACGACCCCGGAACUGGCAGACCUAUAGCCACAGUGCGGCAGGGAAAUGUGCAGGAGCUCGAGCAGACCAUCGGGCUGGCAGUGGAGGCCUACAAGCAGUGGCGACAGGUUCCAGCUCCAGUUCGAGGUGAAAUAGUACGCCAGAUCGGUGAUGAACUGAGGAAGUACAAGGAACCGCUGGGAAAACUUGUGUCCCUCGAAGUGGGCAAAAUCUACAGCGAGGGUCAGGGAGAGGUGCAGGAGUUCAUCGAUAUCUGCGACUAUGCGGUUGGCCUCUCCAGGAUCUAUUCCGGUCAGCUGAUCAACUCAGAGCGGGCCGACCACUCGAUUCUGGAGGCCUGGCGUCCUCUGGGAGUGGUGGGCGUUAUUUCGGCCUACAACUUUCCCAACGCUGUUUUCGGCUGGAACGCUGCGAUUGCUCUGACCACUGGCAAUAGUGUGCUGUGGAAAGGCGCUCCCAGUACGCCGUUGGUCUCGGUAGCCACCACCAAAAUUGUGGCCGAUGUGCUGCGCAGGAACAACCUUCCGCCAGUAGUGACCCUUUGCCAAGGAGGCACCGAUGUGGGUCAGACACUGGUGGCUGACAAAAGAGUGAACCUCGUGUCCUUCACCGGCAGCUGUCAAACUGGUCGCGAUGUGGGCGUAGAAGUCCAGCGCAGAUUCGGUAAGGUCAUCCUCGAGUUGGGUGGUAACAAUGCCUUGAUCAUCGAUGAAUCUGCAAACGUGAAAAUGGCCCUGGACGCAGCUCUCUUCGGUUGCAUUGGCACUAGUGGUCAGAGAUGCACCACAACCAGGAGAAUUAUUGUGCACGAAAAGCUGCAUGAUCAGUUUGUUAAGGCGCUGGUUGGUAAGUACAAGCAGCUAAUACCCAAGAUUGGGCACCAGCUCGACGCUCAAACUUUGGUGGGUCCCGUGCACACGCAACAAAACGUGGAAAACUACAAAACGGCCAUCGAGGAGGCCAAAUCCUUGGGUGGAACAGUGGCCUUCGGCGGCAAGGUAAUCGAGCGGGAAGGUUUUUACGUGGAACCCACGGUAAUCACUGGCUUGCCUCACGAUGCCAGCGUUGUCCAUCGGGAAACCUUUGCCCCAAUCGUGUACAUCCUCAAAGCCAAGAACGUGGAACAGGCCAUCGAAUGGAACAACGAGGUGGAGCAGGGCUUAUCAUCCGCCAUUUUCACCGAAAACAUUGGCCAGGCCUUCAAGUGGAUUGGAGCCAAAGGUUCCGAUUGUGGCAUCGUCAACAUCAACACCACCACCAAUGGUGCCGAGAUUGGAGGUGCUUUCGGAGGAGAAAAGGCCACUGGAGGUGGUCGCGAAUCCGGAUCCGAUGCCUGGAAGCAGUAUUGCAAGCGGGCCACCAUCACAGUCAAUCAUUCCGGCGAACUGGCCUGCGCCCAGGGCGUCGUAUUCAAUGUGGAGUAGAAACAGAUAUGAUCAAUUUAAUGUCUUCCUAUUUGCUAAAAUUUAAAAUACAUAAAUGAUGUCCGAAACUAAA